CCAAGCAAGACCGAAGAAAACGUAGUUCAAACUGAAUAAUAAAUUUUUUAGUAUCUUCGGGAAGCACCUAUCCACCAAGCUUCUUCCGUUUGCUCGUGGUUCGUACAACUUCACUAUGUCUGCCGAAAAUCCGAUGCCAGAUGUCGUUGGCGGUACCGAAGGUUCAAAAUUGAUGAGGGAAAACUUAAACAACAAACUCCCGAUCGGUGGUGAAGCUAGCAGCAGUAGUAAUGGUGUAACCACUAAAGCUGGAAACCCCGAUGUGGCAUUCGGUGAAGGUAAUCACAGCUCAGCGGAUCGACAGCCAUCAUCCGUGCAGCCAAAACCGGAUUUCUCCCAGUUUGAUGAUAGUGAAGAUGAAGAACAUUACCACAGUGGUGGCUUACAUUCGGACAACAUCAGCAUUGAAAGAAUUAGGCAAUACCUUUCGGACAAAUUGGGUUUCUACACUACUGAUAACUAUGACGACAAGGAUGGUGCUCCCAGGAAGAGGGUACUGGAUACGGUGGACAUAGACGGGGUCAUCAAGCACUGGAAGAACGGUGGCUUCAAAAAGAUCGUAACGAUGGUGGGGGCCGGAAUUUCUACUUCUGCAGGAAUACCAGACUUCCGGUCACCGGAUACAGGAUUGUACAACAAUCUACUGAAGUACAACCUUCCAUAUCCGCAAGCAAUCUUUGAGUUGGAAUACUUCUACCAGAACCCGAAACCAUUCUUCCAGCUGGCCAAGGAACUCUAUCCGGGUACAUUUAAACCGACGCCAUCACACUAUUUUGUAAAACUGCUGGAGGAGAAAGGGCUUCUGAUACGACACUAUACGCAAAACAUUGACACACUGGAGCGCAUUGCCGAAAUAAACGAAGAAAAGAUAGUGGAAGCUCACGGAACGUUCUUUACCAAUCAUUGUUUGCAGUGCAGAACAGAGUAUUCUUUGGAGUUUGUUAAAGAAAAGAUUUUUUCGGACGAGAUACCGACCUGUUCAUGCAACGGGGUUAUCAAACCGGACAUUGUAUUCUUCGGAGAAGGCCUUCCGGAACGGUUCCACGUUCUACCGCAUAAAGACUUCGUCGACUGUGAUCUGCUGAUCAUCAUGGGCACAUCCCUGACAGUACAGCCAUUUGCAUCGUUAGUCGAAUAUGUGAACGAUGAUUGCGUUCGGCUGCUGAUAAACCGGGACAAGGUCGGUAACGGAGGAUUUGGAUUUUUACGUUCGAUGAUGUUUGGUGAAGGACUGUGCUUCGAUUUGCCCGGUAACCGAAGGGACGUCGCGUGGACCGGUGAUUGUGAUGAUGGGUGCUUCUUUCUCGCUGACAAGUUAGGAAUGGGGGAUGAACUGCGAGAAAUGAUCAAACGGGAACACGCCAAGUUGGACGCAGUUCAACACAAGCAUUUCCUUAUAAUGGAACCGAACGUAGCUACGACGUCUUCUCCGCAGCAAAUUCACGACAGUGAGGAAGCCAUGAUACACGAAGCUCAUCCAGCUACAGACGCGUCUAUACCAGACUUGGUUCCAGUGGAUCUACAUCAUGACGAAAUGAAGGAUCAUGGCGCGGGCAAACCGGAGGUGGCGAGUGAAGCCAAGAACGAUUGAACGGGUACAAACGAAUCGUUAACCAAUAUUGUAAAGUGCAAGAGAAAACCUUUUGUAAAAGGGAAAAGUAUAAGGAAGAUAAGUAAUUUUAACCACUAGGAAACAAAAUACACACGGACCUUGCAAUCAAACUCCAAUUCAUGUUAAUAUAAUACGGUUCA